AUGGAAGAAGCCAUCUCCCAGAUAGUUACAGAGCUCGAAGCACAUCGUGACGACCCACAUUCACAGAGACCUGUUUCCGAAUCAACCCUAUUAGCCCUUCAAACCCUCUUGGACUACACUAUUGACAAGGACGAUCCAAUCGAAAUCGAAAAUCUCUCUGAACAACUCUCCUCCAAGAACCUCUCUCUCUCCUCCUCCCUCCUCCAUCCUCUCACCUCCGCAAUGGACUCCAAGGUACCCCACCACUCUCUGCUCGCUUCCAAGGUAUACCUCUCUCUCCUCCUUACCCCAAACUUCCAUGUUUUAUCCCUCUUCACUCCGAUGGCUUUUCUCUCUCUACUACGCACAGUCCGUUGCUCUUUCAAGAAUUCUCAAUCGGGUCCAGCGUCUGGUCAUUUCAGUAGGAAGAAGAGGGGAGGAGGCAGCAGGGGCAGGUCAAAGAACAAGGGUAACAGUGUCGAAGCGGGCGAGUCUGACAGAGAAGCAAUAAAAUUCGAUAUUAGGGCUUUGUUUCCUGUGCUUGAAAGACUACAUCUUGUUUUGGGUUUGAUUCAUUUGGACAGGUUUCCUGAUAGUUUGAAGGCGUUAGUUCAAACCAUGGCUGAGAUUCCCGUAUUGGCACUUGAAUCUUGUGGGAAUUCAUCGAAUUACAACAGGUUAUGCAACUUGUGUUCAGAUAUUUUGAGUGAAUUGUUGAAAUCUGAGCAUGGAGAGAAGGCCAUUACUGCAGCUGAGAUUUUGAAGUCUCUCUCUUCGAUUAUCUUGUUAAAAUCACAGGCAAGGACCUUUGGGCUAGCAUUUGUAGUGAACAGAAUGGCCGUAAUGGCAAAGGAUUUGGAUGAGAUUCGAAAAGCCAUGGUUAAUCUUUCAAAGUAUUUGGUUGGUAAAGCCCCCGAGGGGGCUGAGCCUAGAGCUUUGGCUGUCCAAUCAAUACUGGAGAUAGUUAGAGCUUUAGAAUAUAAAGAUCAAAUAGACUUUGCUGAUUAUGUAGUGAAAAUGACUUGUGGGAAACCACAACUAAGACUACUAGCUGUUGAUCUUAUUCCUACUUUGAUAAUGUCAUUCGAUGAUCCAUUAGUGGCCUGCUCUGAAACUGGGUAUGAAAGUUCUUGGGGAUUCAGAUGUCUGCAUGCACUAUUACAAAGAUGCUCAGAUGCAACUGCAGGAAUUAGAGCACGGGCGCUUACUAAUAUGGCACAACUUGUGGGGUAUUUAUCUCGGAAUGAGGAGAAUAAAACUGGGUUGAUGGAGGUAAUCAGAUUUGGUGAAGAUGGUGGGAUUAAUGAUGUUUUGAGGAAACGGUGUGUUGAUGAGAAGGCAGCUGUGAGGAAGGCAGCACUUGUUUUAAUAUCAAAGCUGACAGCUCUUCAAGGUGAAGGUGGUGGAUUUGAUGACAUGUUGCUAAACAUAAUGGGCAUGGCUUGUUCUGAUCAACUUGUUAGCAUAAGGAAGGCUGCAAUAUCUGCCCUAUCUGAGACCUUCAGGAAAGUUCACAAUGAUAACGUGACUAAGGAGUGGUUACGUUCUGUCCCACGUUUGAUUGCAGACAACGAAUCAAGUAUCCAAGAAGAAUGUGAGAACUUGUUUCUGGAACUGGUGUUGGAUCGGAUUUCACGAGCUGGAUCUAAUGUUCAUGACUCAAGUGGCACGUUGGGAAGGGAUCACAGCUUGUUAGUUUCUGAUGGAGUCUUGGGUCUAUUGAAAGAAAUUUGCAAUGGCGAAGUGGCUCCUUGGGUCAAAAAGAUCUGCAUUAAUCUUGGAAAGAAGAAGAAACUUAGGCCCAUUAUUGCAGUUUCGCUACAGAAUAUCAUCAGGAAGUCAGAGUAUAUGUGGUUAGGGGAUUCCAAACCGAUUGAGAAGUGGAUAGCACCGGCUGGUGCCUGGUUCCUCUUAUCUGAAGUCUCCGGAUUCCUCUUGAAAACUGUGGAUUGGGAGUUUCUCUAUCUCCAUUGGCAGCUUCUUGACAAGCAUGAGUCAUCCAAUAGCCCGUUUGAAAAAUGGCAGUUUCUUCAAGAAGAAGAAGAAGCAGUGGGGAUUCUAUCUAAUUCUGUUGGUUGGGCUGGAGAUCGUGUGUACCUCUUACAAACAAUUUCUAAUGUAUCUGUUGAACUGCCUGCUGAACCUGCAGCAGAUCUAGCUCAUAAUUUACUUAAACGAAUCGAGGACUUCAGCAUGCAUUCUAUGGAGGUUAACGCUCAUGUGAAAGCACUCAAAACAUUGUGCAAACGGAAGGCUAAAAGCCCCGAGGAGGCUGAUACCCUUGUGAUCAAGUGGGUUCACCAGCUACUUUCAAAAGCUUCCGAUGCUCUUGAAAUGUACAUGGCAAAAGACUCGAAAAUAAACAAAGGUAGUAGCUUACUCACACCUCCAAGUGGAACUCGAAAGGGUGAUAGAUCGUCAACAACCAUGUCAAGAUUAUUAGCUCAAGCUAUCUCUGCUGUUUACACCAUUGGAUCACUUGUUAUUGUUUGCCCUUCGGCUGAUUUGAAAGCCAUCAUUCCGACUUUACAUAACAUCAUCACAUCAGGAGUUUCUGACCCGAAACUUAAAAAGUUGUCAGGCAUGUCAAUGUCCGUUAAGCAGACAGCUCCUUCGUUAUACAUUCAAGCUUGGUUAACAAUGGGCAAAAUUUGUCUUGCUGAUGGCAAACUUGCAAAGCGCUAUAUGCCAUUGUUUGUGCAGGAGAUGGAAAAGAGCAACAGUGCAGCACUUCGUAACAACAUUGUUGUAAUGAUGGCUGAUUUUUGCGUACGAUAUACAGCAUUGGUUGAUUGUUAUAUAUCAAACAUCACCAAAUGUCUUCGUGAUCCCUGUGAACUGGUUAGAAGACAGACAUUCACGCUUCUCUCGAGGUUAUUACAGCGGGACUAUGUGAAGUGGAGGGGUGUGCUUUUUCUUCGAUUUUUAUUAUCUCUUGUUGAUGAAUCAGAGAAAAUAAGACAGCUGGCUGAUUAUCUUUUCGGGAAUAUAUUAAAAGUCAAGGCACCACUUUUAGCUUAUAACAGCUUUGUUAAAGCCAUCUUUGUGCUGAACGACUGUGACGCCCAUACUGGACAGACCAACUCCCAGAAAGAAAGCCAUCUGUUUUCCAUCCGAGGUAAUGAUGAGAAGUCGAGGUGUCAAAGGAUGCACAUAUAUGUUUCCCUACUGAAACAAAUGGCUCCGGAGCAUCUUUUGGCUACAUUUGCCAAGGUAUGUGCGGAGAUUCUAGCCUCUGCAUCUGAUGGGAUGCUCAACAUUGAGGAUGUUACCAGCCAGUCUGUUCUACAGGAUGCAUUUCAGAUCCUUUCUUGCAAAGAAAUCAGAAUUCCAGUUAACAAAGGGUCAUCUCUGGAAUCAUCAGAAAUGGAAGAAGUUGCAGAAAAUGCAGCUGUUAGAGGACGAGUUAUAACUCAAGUGGUCAAGAAGGGAUUAAUCCAAAACACAAUCCCAAUCUUCAUAGAACUAAAACGUCUACUUGAGAGCAAAAACAGCCCACUUUCAGGAUCUCUUAUGGAAUGCCUUAGAAUCCUUCUUAAAGAUUACAAAAACGAGAUUGAUGAGAUGCUUGUUGCUGAUAAACAACUCCAGAAAGAGCUUAUUUAUGACAUACAAAAAUACGAGUCAUUGAAGGCAAAAUCCACGGCUGCUGAGGCUGUUGGUAAGGGGUUACACAUGGGUUCAAAAGUGACUUCAGCUGUGGCUGGUGCAUUGGCUGAAGUGACUGCUAGGUCUGUGCUGAGGGAUGUGAACCAGGGUGCGGGGACACCGUCACUUAGUGCCAUGAACGUGCCUAAGCUCAAGUCAUCAACUGGGACUGUGGUUGUGACGAGGCAAAAGGGGAGGUCAGCCGCUGUGCUCGAAUCUCUCAGGAGAAGACAGUCUUUUGACUUGGAUGACGAGAGUUAACUGACAGUUACAUUCUUAUUUGUAUAUUAUUCUCUGAUGACUAGGAAUGUAUAUAUGUUGCCUAUUGAUUUUUGAUUCGGCUUUAGUCGUUGAGUAAAAAGAUCAGAACCGAGACUAAAUAGGU